AUUGUCUCAGGUCUGUUGAAAAACUUUUGUCAAGUGUCACUUGUCAGGUGAAUAAUAUAACUUAGAAUUACCAAGUUUAUUUGCAGCCACAUGAAAUAAAUUGGAAUUGGAUUGGAAGUUUAUGUGUCGCGGAUCUUUAAACUUUCUGUGAUCAUAAUACGUGAUAGCCUUUCAAAUUUCUGGGAAACCAUAGACACUACAUUAUAUCAAGAUUUUCCAUAAUAUAUAUUAUAAAUUCUCCGUGUAGUUUGUUGUAAACUUUUCCUUGUAUAAACUCUCGUCUGUUGACUGUACCCCCAAAUAUUAAUUUGGUAUUUUAAGUGAAAUUAUAAGGUAUUCUGAAGUUAUAAGUUAUACGAAUGAACCACAAUGUCCGACGAAUCGUCAGCUUAUAAUGAAGACCCAAGGAAAGCUUGCAAAUAUGGUUCAAAGUGUUAUCAAAAAAACCCGAACCACCAUUCUACAUACAAACAUCCUCCAGAAAUUGAGAAAAAUGUAACCAAAAAACGCAUUGAAAAUCGAUUCCAACCUUACUCCAGAGAAACCAAAAAAGAUAAAUCUGAUAAAGAAGAAAUAGAAGAAAAAGUUACAAUCGACCCACCACAAAAAGUCACAGACAAAAUUACUGACGAAAGUUCGGUUGAUACAAGCAAAAAAAUUGUUUUACCUAAAGACAUAAUAUACUAUGAAAGUUCUGAUCAUUCAGUUUUAAAAGAAUUGUUUUUAGUUGACAUGCCGGAUGAUUUUUUUAAAUUCUAUGAAUGCCUGAACUCAGAUGGAGCUAUUGAAAAGACACUGGCCAGUGUAAAUUUAGAACUAAUAGGCCCAUAUGAAUUGUUAUUAGGGAAAUUGCCAAAAUUGGAUGAUAAGGAACUGUAUUUGGUACACUGGAGGUUCUUUUAUGACCCUCCUGAAUUUCAGGCAGUGUUAAAGAAGAAAGACAGUGAAUACCACAUAGGCUACUUCAGAGACGACCCUAAUGAAAAGCCAGCAUUUGUAGGAAGCAAUGACAGUGCUAAAGAUUGCCGCAUCACAAUUCUGGCUGAUAACUUAUUUGGAGCUGUAUUCCAAUACCUUCGAAAUGCGAAACCUGGCACCACACCACAUCUUGCAAUGAAAUUUAACACCAUAAUGAGUAAAUUGAAAAAAUAUUGUGAAAAUGAAAAUAAUUUCUCCAUUGACGUUUUCAACACGAAGAAAAGAAAGGCUGCUCAAGUUGCAAAUACACUUCAUCAUGCAGGGAUUACUGCAAAAUACGAUAAAAAGACUAAAUUGGGAUAUAGACCACUGGUUGAAACCGAUGAAAAUCUAAAGAAGAUUUUUGCCAAAUUAAAAGAUGCCAAGACAAAAGAAGCCAAGGAUGAAGCAUUUUCGGAAUUGCAGCCUGUCAUCAAUUACGCCAGCAUAGCAGUGGACGAAUACGACUUUGGCACGGCUUUAGAAUUGGGCAUCGACCUAUUUUGCUCUGGAUUAAAAGAACUUGAACACAAUGCUUUAUGUAACUUAUCUACAGCAUACUCUUUGUUAGAUCGAAAGACUUUUAUUAAAAUUAUUGAGGCUCAUCUGAAAUAUCGUCGCAAAGGUCCCAAUAUGUCAAUAUUAGCAGGAGAAAUGUAACUAUUUUUUAUGUAUCUGAUUACUAAUGAUCAAUGUUAUAAACUUGAAUAAAUAAUCAUUAUUUUUAUCAGA